UUUGGCCCCCAUCUUUCCCGUCUCAUAUUUGGUUUAUCCGUAUUCGUCAGCCCUCUCUCCAAAAAUUCACAGAUCCUCUCGUGAUGGGAGCGGAAGCCGAGGGUACUCCCCCUCCGCAGCCCGUCGCCGCCGAGCCCGCGACCGCGGCGAGGGCGCAGCCCAUUAACGCAGCGCAGUUCCUCUCCUGGAAGCAGCGCAAGAUGGUCUGGCCAAACUCGUGCACUGUAUUUCUGUUGCAAAUUGAAGCGUACCUUUUGGGAAUCCUGUAUAUCGCUGAUGCAGAGGAAGCUGCGAGGAAACCUGAAGCAGCUCAGAAGCGAGCUGCCGAUAUCGCUUCAGGAGCGGUGCAGAUGAAUGGCCGUGAGCUGUUCCAACACGAGCCCUGGGUGUUCGACAACAACAUUUACUGAGAUUGGUCGCGGGCAGGGGCUCAAGGAAUUUCCCUCUUGACUGCCCCCACUUCACAGGAGUAGUUUCCUGGUUUUAUUUUAGGGUUGUCCUUUUUUAGACAUGGUUUCAGUCUGUAACUUAAGGCUUGCUUGUUGUUUGUGUGUGUUGGCGUGUGUUGGGUGUGUUUUGUGAGUGUUUUGUGUCGACUGGGAUCUCUUACCUUUUUUUUUCUCCAUCUUCUCAAUAUAAUGAUGCGCAACUCUCCUGCGUUUUUCGAUAAAAAACAUUUACUGAGA